UCUCUCUGAGACACAGCAGAAGUUAGUAGCAAACGUUGUAUUGUGUUGUGUUUGAUGGAAGGAGGUGUAGCAGAAGCCGAUGUCUCUGCCUUCAGAGAAUGUCUGUCUCUUUCAUGGAAAAACCCUUUUGUUCUUCGUCUUGCUCUCUCUGCUGGAAUUGGAGGCUUUCUCUUCGGCUACGACACUGGAGUCAUAUCUGGAGCUCUCUUGUAUAUCAGAGAUGAUUUCAAAGAGGUCGAUACAAAGACUUGGCUUCAGGAAGCAAUAGUGAGCAUGGCACUUGCUGGAGCAAUCAUAGGAGCUUCAGUUGGCGGAUGGAUCAACGAUCGAUUUGGAAGAAAAAAGUCAAUAGUUGUAGCAGAUACCCUCUUUUUCAUUGGGUCUAUCGUGAUGGCUACUGCAAUGAACCCAGCAACCUUAAUUGUUGGUCGUGUUUUUGUUGGCCUUGGUGUUGGAAUGGCCUCAAUGGCAUCCCCUUUAUACAUCUCAGAAGCAUCACCAACAAGAGUUCGAGGAGCCCUUGUUAGUCUCAAUGGACUUCUCAUCACUGGAGGACAAUUCCUUUCCUAUGUCAUCAACUUGGCCUUCACAACCGCACCAGGAACAUGGAGGUGGAUGUUGGGAGUUGCAGCAGUACCAGCUCUGACACAAGUCAUAUUGAUGGCUUUUCUCCCAGAAUCACCUCGUUGGUUGUUCAGAAAGGGAAGAGAAGAAGAAGCUAAAGAAAUUUUGAGGAAGAUUUACCCUCCCCAACAUGUUGAAGACGAGAUAAAUGCUCUGAAGGAAUCAGUUGAAAUGGAAGUGAGGGAAGCUGCAGCUUCUGACAAAGUCAGCAUAGUGAAACUACUGAAAACGAAGACCGUGAGAAGAGGUCUAUAUGCAGGAAUGGGUCUUCAAAUCUUCCAACAGUUUGUGGGAAUCAACACUGUGAUGUACUACAGUCCCACCAUUGUUCAGUUGGCUGGUUUUGCGUCCAAUAGGGUUGCACUGCUUCUUUCACUGGUGACUGCAGGGCUAAAUGCAUUUGGCUCUAUUUUGAGCAUAUAUUUCAUUGACAAGACUGGAAGGAGGAAGCUUGUGUUGUUGAGUCUGUUUGGUGUAGUAGGUUCCCUUGUUGUUUUAACUGUUGUUUUUCACGAGACCACUGCUCAUUCCCCAAUGGUUAGCACAAUUGAAACCUCUCACUUCAACAAUACCUGCCCUGGUUACACCAUAGCUACCAACCCUUCUCAAUGGGAUUGCAUGACAUGCCUCAAGGCUUCUCCACAGUGUGGCUUUUGUGCUUCUAGAGCCAAUAAGCUAUUACCAGGUGCAUGCUUGAUUUCAAAUGAGAGAACAGAAGAUGAGUGCAAGAAAGAGGAGAGGCAAUGGUACAGUAGGGGAUGUCCUAGUAAAUAUGGGUGGCUAGCUUUAAUUGGGCUAGCACUGUACAUCAUAUUCUUCUCACCAGGGAUGGGAACAGUUCCAUGGGUUGUGAACUCUGAGAUCUAUCCCUUAAGGUACAGAGGAAUCUGUGGAGGAAUAGCAUCUACCUCCAAUUGGGUUUCAAAUCUCAUUGUGGCUCAGUCCUUUCUCUCCUUGACACAAGCCAUUGGAACCUCAUCCACAUUCAUGAUCUUCAUAUUCAUCACUCUUGCAGCCAUUAUCUUUGUCAUUAUUUUCGUCCCAGAAACCAAAGGACUUCCAAUUGAGCAAGUGGAGAACAUGCUCCAAACAAGAUCUUUGAACUUUAAGUUCUGGCAGUCAAGUCCUCAAUCUGCUCAAGUACCAGACCAAAAGCAUCAAUCAGUUUGAUUCACUCAAUAAUCUGGUGAAAGUAAUUCCUGUAGUAGUACUAAAAGAGUAAGAUGAUGCGUGUUAGAUUUCGCAUUGUAUAUAUACUGUGUUUGUAUUUCUGUUUAACCUUUUAACAUUUUGGGUGUCUGUGUAUAAUACUAUUUAUUUGCUG